GGCUGGAACUUAUGCUCUACUCAAGCCCAAAGCAGGUUGUCCUACUGGAUGGGAAAAAGGAGGACGGAUAGAGCAGUACACAGGACUUAACGAUGAUAACUCAAAUGCCUUACACAUGCAAGGGGAAGUUUCUCAAUACAGAGUUAUAAGAAAUUUUUGUAUCAAAACAAUUCACAGAACCAUUUAUCAAUAUUGGCCAACAGGGCAAUACUGUAUAUACGGUAAACCUGAUAAGCAAUCUUAUGGAUGGAUUGAAAUGUACGAUGAUAGGCAGAGCAAUUUUUUCAGUGUUUGGCCAUUUGCUAACCAGAGGUAUUACCACUGGGCUAUCAGAUUGUAUUUUUUCUGUCAAACGAGUGGUAACAAAAAAAUUCCAAUCUCGUUACCGAUAACCAAACCCUUUUAUCUGCUGCCUUAUGGGUCACGUGACUGCCAACAAGUCAAAUGGAUGGUAGCAACAACUGAAUGGAUCAAGUACCAUACGCAUGACUACAGCUAUAGUUAUUAUCAGAAGCAUGGAACAGUGCCAAAUCAUAAACUUGGUGACUGGAAUCAUAAUGGAAUCACCAUGUUUUACUGCUAUUAUGAAAGUAAGAAACCUAGCUCGAA